GGAUUCCAGGGACGAAAAUCACAUUUUGCGAGCCUGAAGCACUGCCAAGGAGGGUGAAUUGGCCGGCCUCCAGACUGAAGACGUUUCUAGACAUUGAAAUUUCGCAGACAGAGCUGCGUUUCCCUGGAGCAAACGUUGAUCUUGCUUUUAAAACCGCGAGCACAAUCGCAAAGAAGGAGUUGUGAGGCACAAUAGCCGUCUUACGGACGGAGGACGUCAAUCUCAUACCGGAAAAUUACCUGAGAACUUUUCUUCACCUCUGCACGGCGAAACUGCCAGGCAAAGAGCGCGUCAUGAAGUUUCUAUGCCUUCACGGCGCAGGGACGAGUGGUGCCAUAUUCAAGGCGCAGACUGCUGCCUUCAGGGCCCGCCUUCCCCUGGGCAGACAUUCGUUCGAGUUCAUCGACGGGCCCCAUGAGCUCAGCACAUCCAAGUUGCCCGGCGGCGCAGGGCUGGACUCAGGCUCAGGCUCAGGCUCAGGCUCGGACGGACGGCUGUUGCCGAUAUCGCCAUUCUUCCCGCCGCCGUACUACACGUUUCUCCGCUCGUACACGGACCAGGAGGAACUUGACGCUGCGCCCGAGUAUGUCCUCUCGCAUAUCCUCCGAGAGGUAAAGGCGACCGGGAUUCCAUACGAUGCGUGCCUGUGCUUCUCGCAAGGCGCGGCGGUUGUGGCAGGCCUGUUGAUGAGGCACGCCACCGAAGUCGAGGCGGCAAGAAUCGCAGCAGCAGCAGCAGCAGCAGCAGAGAACUGCUCGAGGAAUGAUGGACAGUGUGCCGACGAGCGACACGAGGAAAAUAAUGCUGCUGCUACAACAGAAGCCGCCAACCCGAACAAGCGGUGCAGAGCCGUGACUCCGCCGCCGCCGCCGCCACCGUUCAAGGCAGUCCUCUUCAUCUGUGGCGGCCCUCCGCUGCCCAUUCUGGAGUCCCUCGGCCCGCCAGGAGCCGCAGCCGGCAUUCAAGUCUCGCAGAAGGCGUGGGACAUUACUGCCAUGACGGGAGAGGACCUCGCGAGGAAGACGCGGCUUAUGGGAGAGCAGCUGCGCCAGAUCCUCGCCCGUAACUCGCCUUCCUUCUCCUCCUCGUCCUCCUCUCCUUUGCUCCCCGGGACCGCUGCAGCACGGGACCAGGGAAAGCCCCUGCCGCCGCCGGGAUCACGUCCUUUCAAGAGUCCCUGGGACGACUUGUCCACGCUAUCGCACGACGCACAAGGCAUCAUCAGCGGCAACAAACACCAGGACCCGCGGCAGCUGCCAACUUCGUUCCCACUCAACCCUCUCCAGGCACAGCCAACAACAGCAGAGUCCGACGAGGGCCGUCACAACCACCAUCUCGCCGACGUCUACGGUCUGGACCUGCGGCCCCCUCUGCCCGCCUCGGCAAAGAUCUCCAUCCCGACCGCGCACGUCUACGGCGUCAAGGACCCGCGGUAUCCCGCGGCCAUCCAGCUCGCCCUGUUCUGCGAUCCCGCGUGUCGAAGGGUAUUCGACACGAGGGCCGGGCACGAGAUCCCCCGCGAUAAAGCUGUGAGUGAUGAGAUUGCGGACAUGAUUGCUUGGCUUGAGGACACGGUCAACAAGAAUGACCGGGCAAAUGUCGAUGGCUAGCGCAGCUGGAAAUCCCGCUGCGAGCCCGUCACAGAGCUCUCGCGGGCACCUCAACAGAGAUGCUCAUCUUGCCCCUAGUGUGGUUGCUGCCUGUCCGAAGAGCAUUACAGCAUGCACUAUAGAAUCGCUAGAGGCAUCUCAACGUUCAUCUUGUGGUCACGAUCGGAUCAAUUGUAUGUUUGAGCGGGCACAACCGUCAUGGCAAUGUCAAAAGCAGUCCGCCCGUGCGGUGAAAAGUGUGAAAGUCAUGCCUAUUAUGUAUUCGCCCAAG